CCCCUGCCGUUUUCGUCGUGAGCUCUGAGCGCAUCAUUGAACACUUGCACGCCGCAUCAUCACCGGAUUCCCAGUAUGCCAGGCCGGACAAGACCUAUCGACAAAUUUGCUACAGCGGUAGCAAAAUGCUCCGCAGAGACAUCGGCAUAUGGAAAAUGUAUACUGGUGGAUUACAACAAUGUCAGCAAAGAUAAAUGCGUCACAGAAUUCAUGAGGCUGAAGGAUUGUUAUCUGGCAACAGCGAAGAAACGAUAACUGUGGCGAUGAUCUAGAACGCAAAUGUAUCAAAACAUGUUUAUAUAAACCGAACCACAAUUC